AUGUAUAUAGCACUUAGGUCUCCCCCUUCUAUCAUAGAGGGUCGAGGAACCGACAUCCACAACUUCCUCUCCAUCCUACUCUCCAAAUUCCCCGUUCUAGGCCUACCCAUCACAGCCGCCACUAGCGUCAUCGAAGCCUCCUCGUCCUUCAUCGCGCGCACCACCGGCAUGACGUACAACCACUUCGCCUCUGCCGGCAACUCCUGUACGGCGCACACCGUCAUCUUCGCCCGAGGGACAGCCGAGCCCGGCAACGUGGGCAUUCUCGUCGGGCCCCCGUUCUUCGCCGCAUUGGAGGCGCGGCUCGGGCCGGGCCAGUUCUCGGUCCAGGGAGUGAAUACGUAUCCGGCUAGCGUGGAGGGGUUCCUGGCUGGCGGUGAUGCGAGGGGGAGUAUAGAGAUGGCGGUACAAAUCUUUGAUGCCUUUUUGAGUUGUCCGGAAACUAAGCUUGUUGUGGCAGGAUACUCGCAGGGCGGGCAGCUCGUGCAUAACGCGUUAGCAGCUCUGCCUGCGGAGGUGGCGGCGUGGAUUUCGAAAGUGGUGCUUUUCGGGGCUCCGAAUGUGGAUACGGCGACGGCGAUAGCGAAUAUUCCGCCGGACAAGGUGUGGAAGUCCUGUCAUCCGGCAGACGAUAUCUGCGAUGGUGGAAUGCUGGUUUUGCCGUGGCAUGUCACGUAUGGGUUGGAUGCCAAGGAUGCUGCGGAGUUUGUCGUUUCUUGA